AAAGAGGCAGAGAAAGACUCAGGGACUACAGAGCGAGGCGAGAGAGAGUCGGUGCAAGCGGUCCUCCUCCUACCCUGUCCGAGCGCAUCACAUCUCGGUCGAGCCCGCGGGUACGCCAGAGACCCCUAGGCGCUGCACCCUAGGCACCGAGGCCCUCAGGGGCGUGGGGCCCUCGCGGGUCGCGGCCGCCCUUGGGGCGGGGCAGCCCCUGGCUGUGCCGCAGCCCCAGCCGCCGGGCGAUCUCCAAGCGGAGAUCUCAGAGCGCUCCUCUGCUCGGCCGCGGGCCAGGAGGGGAGGGUCCGGCCUCCCCCCGCAGGCGUCCAUUGGCGGCUUCCCCGGGCCUCUGCACCAUGCCGCGGGCCGGGUGAGCGGCCGCUGGCUCUGGAGUCCGCUGGUGCCCGCGGGCACGCCAGGGGAGGGGGCUCUGCGCUCACUAUGUUGCGAGGGCCCCGGGCCCUGGCUCCGGCCGCUGGGCCGCCCCUGAAAGGGUUGCCCGCGAUGAGCCCCACCGAACUGUGGCCGCCCGGCCUUGGCAGCCCCCAGCUCUGCCCGGUCACCACCACCACCUACUACACCUCGCUGUGCCCGCAGACUGUGCCUCCGGCCGCGGUGCCCGGCACCUGCCUCGACGCCACCCCCCACGGACCGGAGGGCCAAGCUGUGCGAUGCGUGCCGGCUGGCCGGUUGCCGGCCAAAAGGAAGCUGGACCUGGAGGGGAUCGGGAGGCCCGCGGUGCUGGAAUUCCAGACUCCCAAGGGGAAGCACAUUAGAGUGGAUGGCCUCCCCAGCCCUAAAACACCCAAGUCCCCCGGGGAGAAGACUCGGUAUGACACGUCACUGGGGCUGCUCACCAAGAAGUUCAUUUACCUCCUGAGCGAGUCCAAGGACGGGGUCCUGGACCUGAACUGGGCUGCCGAGGUGCUGGACGUGCAGAAGCGGCGCAUCUAUGACAUCACCAACGUGCUGGAGGGCAUCCAGCUCAUCCGCAAGAAGGCUAAGAACAACAUCCAGUGGGUAGGCAGGGGAAUAUUUGAAGACCCCACUGGGCCCAGGAAGCAGCAGCAGCUGGGGCAGGAGCUGCAGGAGCUGACGAGUACGGAGCAGGCCUUGGACCAGCUCAUCCAGAGCUGCUCUCUGAACUUCAAGCAGCUGACCGAGGACAAGGCCAACAAGAAACUGGCCUAUGUGACUUACCAGGACAUCCGUGCGAUUGGCACCUUUAAGGAACAGACGGUGAUCGCCGUCAAGGCCCCUCCGCAGACGAGGCUGGAAGUUCCCGACAAGAGUGAGGAGAAUCUGCAGAUAUACCUGAAGAGCACGCAGGGGCCCAUCGAAGUCUACCUGUGCCCAGAGGAGAUGCAGGAACCAGAUAGUCCUGCCAAGGAGCCCAUCCCCUCCACGUCCACCCUCAGCCCCAGCCCUGACUCUGCCCAGCCCAGCAGCAGCACCAACCCCGGCAUUCUGGAACCCGCCGCAUCCCCAGCGCCAUCGCUGACUUCCCAGCAGGGAGGUGUCCCUCCGCCGCCGCUGCCGCCAGCACCCCUGGUCCCGCUGGAGGCCACCGACAGCAUGCUGGAGCUGCCCCACCCGCUCCUGCAGCAGACCGAAGACCAGUUCCUGUCCCCAGCCCUGACGGACGGCUCGCCUCUGAUCAGCCUCUCUCCGCCCUUGGACCAGGACGACUACCUGUGGGGCCUGGACGGGGGUGAGGGCAUCAGUGACCUGUUUGACUUCUAUGACUUCGGGGACCUGCUGAUUAACUGAGUGACCCUGCCCGCCCCCAGCAGCCCUGCCACUGCCUCUACCUCCUCGCAGACAGACUGACAGUCCCUCUGCCUGCACUGGGACACUGGCCACAAGGUGUUACCCUCUGAGGGUGGGGGUCUCCUCUCCUUUGUGCUCCCUGCCCCUGCGCCAGCGGAGGCGGCCUAGGAGGGUCCUGGAGGGUGCGCGUGAGGGUUGUGCCAGGGGUUGAGUCCGUCCCUCCUGGUGGAAGCCGGACCCACGAAGGCCCAGUUAGCCUUCUGACCUCCCACAUGAAGGGCGGCAGGUGAGGUGACCGGGUCCGGGGAGAGGCCCUGCCAUGGCCCUCUGAGGGGUGAUUAGGGCCUUCCGUUCAUCGGAAAGCACUUGAUGCCUCGUGUAUUUAUUUCAGGUUGAGUUGAGUGUGUGUGUCUUCCCCAAGCUUUAGCAGGGACGGGUUCCGGUCAGACUCCUCAGGCAGGCCCACACCGGCCGCUGCUGAGGGCAGCUCUGGGCUUCCUGGCAUCCAGGCCAACUCCCUGACCCCCCCACCACUGCGGUGGCGGCUGGGUCUCUGAGGGGCCGUCCCAUCUGCUGGGCCGUUCGUUGCACUUAGGUCCCUAAUUCUAUCUAGUAAGCAGCGGCUGAGGUCCCAGCCCCGGCUCCCCGGUCUCCUCUGUCCCAGAGGUGGAUCCAGGGAGCCACUCCAGUGCUCAGGUGACACUGAGGCUCCUGAGGAAACAGGACCGACCAAUUAAGGGGCCUCCCUCCCUGUGGAAUUCCUUAUUUGCCUCUCUUAGAAUGUAAAAAGCGGUCCUCCGGGGAGACAGCCGAGCAGAGCUACGGAGGAAGCUCGGACCAGAGUGUGGAAGCAGCCGAAGGGCUGUUGCAGGUGCUGCCCCUCCGUGUGGGCCCCUUGCUGGGACCCAGGCUGUUUCCCACUGAGGACCUGGGAGGCAGGGGCAGGCACCGCAGAGGAGGGUGAGAUUAAGACACGAAAUUGCCAGAACACGCCCCCUCUGUAGCUGCCCCCUCCCCUUCCUUGGAAAGAUUUCGGGUCUUUUUGCCUCGUUUGUUAAAGGGGGUGAUUCUUUAAGGACUUCCCCUUCCCCCCAGCUCGCACAGGGACCCCCAGGGCCAGGGGUGACCAGGACUUGGUGGCAGGUGGCUCCUUUUGUCACAGGAAUGCAGAAGUGACAGAGAGGGUCUUCACUGCAGACCAGACUAGGCAGCUAAUGAGGAGGUGGGCUCGUGUUACCCCUUCAGACCUGGAGUUCUGGGGUCUUUGGCCUCCCCCCAUCCUCACCCCCAGGGGCCUGACCAUCCCACACGGUCCCUGUAGCCCAGUUGGGUGGGGGGCUGUCGGCUCUCCUCCCCCACCCAGCCCGGGGUGGGGUGCCCUGGGCCGAACCACGGCUGUGCCUUCUGGAGGGCGGCAGCCAGGGGCGGUGGUCCGAGAGGCCCACUCCCCACCUCAGGGAGCCAUUUUCUCAGGGGCUUGGCUGGGCAGCACUUUGUUUUCCCGACGUUUGUAGCAUUAAGCUGGUUUGUAAUAUGAAUUCAGCCUCAUGUGAUUGCUCUCGAGGCGAUCUGUGGGUGUCUGAAGUUUAGGGAGGUGGGCAUCUUUGGGGAGCAGGGUCCAGCAUGACUAAGGCCCAGCUGGGGACAGUUGUGCCUUGUCGUUUGCAGGUCAAAGGCACCCAGCUCUAUAAACAGGGCUAAUCUAUAAUUUAUAGAAAUGCCUGUGGUCUCCCCACCUCCACGGCUCCACGGGGCUUUCAUGGAAAGCCCAUUUUGCAGCCCAGCUGCCCAGGACCACCGCGGCCCUUGCGGGGGGAGGGGUCGCUGCCUGGGGUCUGGACUCAGUCCGUGGGGCUGGAGAUGGCGUGGCUGUUCCUGGCUCUUGGCUGGACUGCUGUUUGGACACUCAGAGGACCAUCUCGGAGGACAGGCGUGUUUGACUUUCAUGCCUUGGGCUCUAUCGAGAGCUUUCUCCUAGAAUUGAAUCAGAAAAAAAGGGGUAAGAGGCCUGCAGGACCCACUGGGAAUGAGUUUAAUGCUGAAAUCUGGCCAGAACACAAGCUCUGCCUCCAGAUGCCCAGCCACAGGGUUGGGCAGAGGGGCUGCCCCUUGGGCCCAUGGCCUGUCGCCUCCUGUGUGGUCCCCUGCCUGGCCCAGGGGCUGGGCCACCCAGGCCCAUUCUCAGGCUCGGUGUCGGAAACAAGUUCGAGCCUCUUGCUUACCAGUGACACUUGGAACCCCCCCAAGUUCACGGAAGUGCUUUAAGAACACAUCUUGAGGGGUAUGUUUCCUUUAGGGGCCAGGAAAACAUUAAAACUAGGGCAGAAGACAAGACAGUUUCUCCCCGAGGUACAUUAUUUCUGCCAGGAAGUUCCUCAACUCCCAAGUCACCUGUGUCCCCAGGGACACCAAAGACUCAGGGCCCCAGGGAACCCAGUAGUGUUACAUUGUUGGACAGAGUCAGGGUCUAAGAAAUUCCUUACAACCAGGGACACGCUCCCGUGUCCCUUCCCGUUGACAGUGUUGGCUAGACCAGAGUGGCGUCCCCUCCCCACCACAGUGCUGGCACGACCAGCAUGGCUGCAGGGACCGGGUGGGGGGGGUGGAGCUCGUGAAACUGGCUCUGGGAUGGCUCGGGCGUCAGGGUCUCUCCCCAGGUGUCUCCAGCGUCAGUUCCGCACGGUGCUUGGUGUCUUCAGUGAAAGAGCUCGGAUGUCCCGUGCCCAAGCGCUGUGCGGCUCAGUGCGUUUGACGUGGCAGCCCCUCGGGCUUGUUUACGGGCCGCUGUCUGGUUCUCGCCGUCGUGCCCCGAGGUCCCCACCCCGCCCUGGGGCCCUGUUCUCCCGUGAGGACCCUCAGUGACCACAGGCCCGGCCAGCCUGGGCGAGUGGAGAAGCCUCGUGUGCGGCACGUCCGUCGAGGGCGAGCAAGCCCGAGGGAACCGGGUCUUGGUGCGGGACUCGGGAUGGGUCAGGUACCUCCGACCUGGCUUCGCCCUGGGACCUGCUUGGAUGAGCGCCGUGUAAACCUCCCUGUGUGUGAUAAUCGGGCAUUAAACAGCAACCUGGGGCA